AUCAUCAAUCGAUAUGUUCGAAUUGUUUAUAUGUUAGGACACGCCUUGUUUUGGUGAUAUUUCCAGUUACUUGGUUUAAAUGUAACUUUUGGUUUUUUUGUUAUUCACGUUAAUUCAUAUUUAAUACAUAAAUGUACAUGAACUAAUAACUCUUUUUAAGACAAAAGAAUAAGGAAAAUGUGUGCUAAAAAAUCAAGUAGUGUUGGAACACCUAGUGUCUACUCUUAUGUCACAAGAUCAACUUCAAACUUGAAGUCUACGAGAUCCUUGAGAUCUCUUAAAAUUCCUUGGUAUAAACGACCACUAGUUCAAGAUGCAUUCAUUAUUGAUAUACAACGAGCUUCCAUGAUCACUGGGAUUUACUCAUUAGGACUGAGUAUUUUUACAAUAUUUACUGGGAUAUUUGAUCUAUAUUCUUAUGUUAUGGCUGCUCCAGGUUCAGUUCAUUAUGGAUACUAUUUUAUUAGUUAUCAGUUUGUUUAUGUUGGCAAUAAACAUGUGAGAAACACAUUGGUUCUUUUUGCUCUUUUCUCAGUGCUUGCAGCUAUGGCUAUAUUUGUUACAAGUAUUAUGCUCAUAUUAGCAUUAAGGAAGGAACAUGAAAAGAAAAUGGUACCAUGGCUGUAUUCUUUUGCAUUGUUCACAGUAUUACGAGUAUUGGCUUGGAUAUUUUUCACAACUGUCAACGAUCUAAUUUUCUCUUAUAACAUUAUCAUGGUUCUUCUUUGGGCGAUAUUCUGUGUGUUGAAUGCAUAUGGAUGGGUUCUCGUCUAUUCCCUUUAUUUAGAGCUAAUUGAUUUGACAAAGCUUGAAGAUUUGGCCCAUCUCAGGGUAUGUUUUUUAUUCUUAUUAAUUUUGAUGUUUCAUAAUUUCAUUAUCAUUUUUACUUUUAUGAAAGAAAAAAAAAGAACUUUACCAAUAAAAAUGUCUCUUAUGUGUUCAUUGCUGGACACCAUGUACCUUUAUGUGUGUGUGGACUAAACUUUCAGAUGGGUACAAUGCAGUCUCUGAAUGCAUCCGUGGCACAGUCUCUUGCUGGGUCACGGCCGACAACUCCUCACAGCACAGUCUCCACACAACCAGUUCAGUAGUUGAGUACAAUGGCAUCUCUAGCAGCCUCUACUGCUCCUUCUCUUGCUGGCUCUAGACCAACUACUCCGCACAGUACAGUUUAUACUAUACCAACGCCAACAGAUGUUUAAAAUACGUUUUAAGUGAAGACCAAUCAAGAUGGCUAGAAGUUCAUUUGUAAUGAGCAUUAAUUGUGGCCAUACAUGUUUGACAUGAAGAAAGAAAUAAGCAAAACCUAAUAAGUUCGUCAAACUUAAAAAAAAUUGGCACUAAUCUAUUUUAUAAGAUAAGUCAAUUUACUCAUUGACCAUCUCUGGCAUUUAUUUUACCAGCUGCUUUUAUAUGCUGUAGCAUUUUGUAUAUAUACUUCACUAACUAAGGAAAUACUUCUUAAUUUAUACUAAGGCUUCACAACAUUUAUGUGGGCUUUUUAUAAAACUGUUAUCUAUUUUUGUGCAUAUAGUUUAUAUUAGUCUAUACCUUCAGUAACAUGACUUAAGUCUGAGGAUAUUUUUAUUUUGAUUCAGUCACUUUUAUCAUUUGAUUUUUCAUAUUAUAUAUUUUUAUAAAUAGAAAUGCUACAAAGCAUAAAUGUUUUAGACUGUUUUUAGUAUUGAUCUGAUAUAAAAAAUGAGCUUUAAUACUUCCGUCCAAUAAUUAAUAAUUAAGAUUAUUUUUUAUCUAUUUUUCUGAACACUGUAGUUUAUUUUGUAAUUUUAUAUUAUUAUAUGUUCAGUGUUCAGCUGUUAUUUAUAUUUUGUUACUUUUUAAAAAAUUAUUUUAUAGUACUAAAUUUUUUAUUCAUCACAAUGUAUUAAUGGAUUGGUUAAUAAAUUUUGUUACCAAUA